AGGAAAUCCAGCAGAGCGAAGGAGAAGAAAGCACGGCGUCUGGAGGAGAGGGCAGCCAUGGACGCCGUCUGUGCUAAGGUGGACGCUGCCAAUAAGCUUGACGAUCCACUGGAUUCCUUUCCUGCCUUCAAAAAAUACGACAGGAACGGAUUAAACCUACAAAUCGAGUGCAAGAGAGUGACUGCCCUCAACCCGUUGUCUGUGGAGUGGGCCUUCGAACUCACCCGAGCAAACAUGCAAACGCUCUACGAGCAGAGCGAAUGGGGCUGGAAGGAGCGCGAGAAGAGGGAAGAGAUGAAUGACGAGAGAGCGUGGUACCUAUUGGCCCGAGACGGCGAAUCCGCCCCAGUGGCUUUCUCUCACUUCCGAUUCGACGUGGAGUGCGGGGAGGAGGUGCUUUAUUGCUACGAGGUGCAGCUGGAGAGCAGAGUGCGAAGGAAAGGACUCGGCAAAUUCCUCAUCCAGAUUUUACAGCUCAUAGCUAACAGUACACAUAUGAAAAAAGUCAUGCUGACAGUUUUCAAACACAACCACGGCGCGUAUCAGUUCUUCCGAGACGCUCUCCAGUUCGAGAUGGACGAGACCUCGCCCAGCAUGUCCGGCUGCUGCGGCGACGACUGCUCGUUCGAGAUCCUGAGCCGGCGGACCAAGCACGGCGAGGUUUCAGUGGGUCACAGCCACGGCGGCGGUCAUUGCGGCGGCUGCUGCCACUGA